CUCAGCAAUUUCCGCUUCUGCGCGUCCCGCGUUAAGUCUAGUCCGCCGCGUGGGCGAGUGUCUAGAGCCCAGGACCCCGAGCGCAGGACGCCGAGCCGGGCGAGCGCACACUUCACUCCCCGGGAUCCACGGAAGCUGGGGAGCGCCUGCGGGACUCCAUUUCCCAGCGCGCCGCGCGGGGAUGCCUAGACGUUGCCGCGGAUAUCAAGCAGGGCUCCGCCCGCGCGGGACGGGAACUGCGCUUCCCAGAAGCCGCCGCGCGUGCGUCCGCAGCGUGCACUGGGCCUAUGAGGACUUUCGGGGGCUGGACUUCCGGCGUCCCGGACUGUCACUUUGCUACCGGGCGUUGGGCCACACCGGUAUUGGUGAACUGGAGCGCCGCGAGCCCCCAGGCCGGUUUCUUAGAAGGUUUGGAGACCCGAGGCGAGGGCUGGGAGGAAGACCCGAGCGGUGGACCGUCUCGCGCACGCCCUGAUUGCGGGCGACGGUCGCGCCCCGAGCCCAGGCUUCUCCGUGAGGAGCCUGGGCCGCUCCGCGGGGCUGUGGGGCGGCGCCCCGAGUCACGUGCUGUCCGACCCCGGGACGGCGGGGGAGGCGGCGCCCUGAGCGACCCUGCCUUAGACGGCCCGGGAGGCUGAGACCAGGAGCCGGCGAGUCCGUGUUGUCCGUCUCUUUCUGCGAGUCCCCAAGUACAGGUUCUGAUGGCGACCGCGGCGCUGACAGACCGGGCCCAGGGCCUGAUGGCCUUUGAGGAUGUGGCCGUGUACUUCUCCCAGGAGGAGUGGGAGCUCCUGGACGCAGCCCAGAGGGCCUUGUACUGCCAUGUGAUGUUAGAGAACUUCGCGCUUGUGUCCUCGCUGGGACUCUCUGCGUCACGACCCCGGGUGGUCCUGCAGCUUGAGCGUGGCGAGGAGCCCUGGGUUCUCAGUGGGACAGUUGUGACACCAGCCAGGAAUGCUCAGAGAAAGCCCAGCCCUGGUCCCUGUCAUCUGGCAUAUGACAAGGUUGUUCCUGAAGCAGCUUUGCCAGUGACCUUCCAGAAUGGCUCCCUUCCAGCACCUACCUUCACAGGCACCUGCGAACGUGGGAAAAGCUCAGUGGGUUGGCAGGGCACCUCCCUCUCUCAGGAGAAAAAGUCCACAGGCGUGUCGGUAAUCUAUUGGGAAAGGCUCCUGCUGGGUCCUGGCAGCGGGGAAGCCAAUGUCAGUCUGCGGUUAACCUCUCCACUGAGGACUCCUGAGGAUAGCCCGCCUAGGGAGAAAGCCCUCAUGAACCGCCCCAUGCCAGACAAGCAGCCGAGGCCAUAUGGGGGCCAGAAGCCAUUUGGGCAGGAUGGCUCUGGAAGAGGCUGCCCCAAAAUUCCAGAAUUUGAGGCUAGUCUCACCUCUGGGGAAAGAGAAAAGGGUGGAACUAGCCUCAAGCCUCAUGGACUCCCUGCUAGCCAAGAACCCCCUACCUGGGAUCAGCUGGGCAAGGCCCUCCACACAGGCCCCAGCUUCCUCUCCGGGGAGAAGCCCUUCGAAUGCAGGGCGUGCACUAAAGUGUUUCUGAAGAGCUCCGACCUGCUCAAGCACCUGCGCACCCACACUGGAGAGCGGCCAUACGAAUGCUCUCAGUGUGGCAAGGCCUUCAGCCAGACAUCACACCUGACGCAGCACCAGCGCAUCCACAGCGGUGAGACACCCUAUGCGUGCCCCGCCUGUGGCAAGGCCUUCAGGCAUAGCUCCUCGCUGGUGCGGCACCAGCGCAUACACACCGCUGAGAAGUCCUUCCGCUGCAGCGAGUGCGGCAAGGCCUUCAGCCACGGCUCCAACCUCAGCCAGCACCGCAAGAUCCACGCAGGCGGGCGGCCCUACGCAUGUGCUCAGUGUGGCCGCCGUUUCUGCCGCAACUCGCACCUGAUCCAGCACGAGCGCACGCACACGGGUGAGAAGCCUUACACCUGUGCCCUUUGUGGUGCCGCCUUCAGCCAGGGUUCCUCCCUCUUCAAGCACCAGCGUGUGCACACGGGUGAGAAGCCCUUCGCCUGCACACAGUGUGGCCGCGCCUUCAGCCACAGCUCUAACCUCACGCAGCACCAGCUGCUGCACACUGGGGAGCGGCCCUUCCGCUGCGGGGACUGUGGCAAGGCUUUCGCCAAGGGCGCAGUGUUGCUCAGCCACCGCCGCAUCCACACGGGUGAGAAGCCCUUUGUGUGCGCACACUGUGGCCGUGCCUUCCGCGAGCGCCCGGCCCUGUUCCACCACCAGAGGAUCCACACGGGAGAGAAGCCCGUGCGGCGACCUCGGCGUGGGGCGGGCCUGUGCCCCCAGGCCAGGCCUUCUUCAGGAGCACCGUCAGAGGGCACGCUGGGCAGAGUAGCUGGGCCCACUCCCACCUCAGGCCCACCAGCAGUUUCGAAGCCUGCUGACGCCUGAGCUCACAGCUGCAGCCUCCCCCAGGCUGUGGGAAAAUGCCCUUGUGCCCUGCACAUUCUGGAGAAGCCCUGUGCGUGCCCUGUGGUGCCGUCUGCACAUGGUGACGAUAUUUGCCAUUUCAGCACCAGCUCACUCCAACUCUAAGAGAUCUGACUACAGAAAGAUCGGGGGCAUGGACGUCGAGGCUGGGACUUUGGUGGGCAGAGACUGGGCAAUCAGAGUGCCGCUUCAUGCCUGUUAUGACUGUGAGCACUCAGGUGAGGAGGGGAAUGCUGGAAUGUUGGGGAGGCAGUCCUAGAAAUUUCUGACGCCCGCGCACAUACUGGCCAACAGGCUGGCCCUCAGGAUAUUCUCUCAAGACCUCAGUUCAUCAGAGGCUUCUGGGAGCAGGCCCAGUGGAUAGGAAGUCAGGUUGGGGUCUGGUGUUGGCCUUGGGCUCUGAGCCUCAGUUUCCACCUCUGGGGAAAAGAAAGGAAGAGAGAGGGAGAGAGAUUCAGGCUACAGAGGGUAUUUGCAGCACCGUGACAAGCAGGAUCUCGAUAAGGGCCAACAUGUGCCAACUGCCAGCCCUGUGAGAUGGCUACUAUGGCUGGUAUCCCCACUUCUCAGUUGAGGAAACUGAGGCAGAGAGUGGGAGUGUGCUGCUGCACAGAGCAGAGCCCAGGACUUAAAUCCAGGUCACAGGCCCAGCUCAUCUCUCUGCCCCCAUGCUCUGGCACUCGUGCUCUAGUCUGCCAGUGUGAAGGCUGGGCGAUGCCAGGCCUGGCUUCCUGCACAUGGCAGUCCCACAGGACGUGGAGGAAGUAGAGGUGGAGGUCCCUGGGGUGGGAGGAGGGAGACAAACAUCAAUGUGUUCAUUCAGGUUUCACCCAAGCCUCAGCCCUGGCCAUGCCCUGUUGUUACCAAAGUCACCAUUACAGGGGUGUUUAUAUCCCCACUGCCCUGGUGAGAGGUGACCACGAUAACAGGUUGGAGGAGACCAGAUGAGACUACUUGUUUCUGCAGGGUCAGUGGGCAGGUGCCCACCUGUUCUCUUCCCUCAGUUGGAAAGAGGAUUUGCUGUUACCUAAGGCCACGUGUGUGUGAUGCCCUCCCAUCAUGGGACACCUCCACGUGGCUGGGACACGUGGUGGACUGGGGCCCAGGUUUCUCCCUGUGGCCCUCAGCAGAGCAGGCCCUGUCUUGACCUCACGCCUCACCCCUAGGGAUGUUAGUGGUCUCUUUUCUUGGGAACAAAAAAGAAAAGACCAAAAAUUAUAAGUUGGAGUGGAUAUACAUUGUGUAAAUCCCUGCACAGCACUGUGGAAAUCCACAACCUCAGUCUCUCCUCCAAGCCUCUAGUCAUGGUUCAGACAGCUUUAACAACACAGUCUAGAGAGGCUUCCUGAUAAAAAUUUAUUUGUCAAACAUGUGAGGUGUAACA